AUGUAUAAAAUAUUUAUUUUCUUGAGCAUUCUGCGUCCUUGUAUAGAAGCUGAAGAAACACAGGCACUGAGCUUGCAACAGAGAAGUGAAAUAUCUGCAAGAUUGGACAGGCUUCUUUCGGCAAAGAAAUUGACUUCAAGAAGAUAUGCUCAGUUUGAGUUCUUGUUUAAUUCUGCUUUUGAUAAUAACCGAGACACUCUUCUUAAAUUCUACUCGUAUGGCUGUUACUGCUUGAAUCUUGGCGAUAGGCCACUUACGGGCAUUCUUGCUGGAUUUAAACCGACCGACUUGAUAGACAAGACUUGUUUUCAGUGGACAAAAUGCAAUCGUUGCGUUUUGAACGAUUAUGGACCGACAUGUCUUGCUGAAAUCACCAAAUACUCCUACAAAGUUGAUCGAAGAACGGGAGAAAUAACUUGCCUUGAUCCGUAUUUCGAAGCACCAGCCGACAAUCCAUCCUGGGUUGAAGGAUAUGGACCAGGCGAAGUCCCCGGCUGUCGACGAGCUGUUUGCGAAUGCGACAAGGCGCAAGUCAACAAGCUCAAGAAGGUUAAGUACUCCUGUAAGAAUGACAAUUUGCUGAUCACUGCGUACAACGAGACCUAUCACCAUUUUUACGGCGGCUGGAGGUUUGACAAGUGCGAAAAAGUGAAGCCAAAAUGCAAGGAGCGAGGAGGAUGUGACACUGGCUGCUGUGGAGAAUUUCCUCAACGAUUUCCAUUCGACAGAAAUAUUCGACAGUGUUGUAACGGAGACAUCAAAGGCUUAGCCUACCAGUGUCCGACUGAGGAUAAAGAUGCGGGCAAGUUCGACGACAACAUCGGCCGCAAACGACGUGAAAGCGGCGCUACGAGUCGACCGCCGAACCGACUCGUCAAAGAAAACUACAAGUCGGCCGACGUUGAAAUUGCAACGCUGGCGCCGGACGAUGGCAACGUUGACUACGAUCUAAAUAGCGACUUUUCAUCAUAUGAUUACUGA